GACUGACUGAGCGUGUUUGUGAGUGUUGUCUGAAUGCGAGCCGAUCCGCGGCUAGAACAGCAAAAUUAACGGGAACAGUUUUUCAUGUUAACAACAGCAAUAUGUGCCUUACGACCGCACCUGAUUUGAGCUACUCUAAAAACUAAGAUAUAAGGUGAGCUAGUCCUACCCCUCCCAGCCACGCCCGGCAUCUUCUCCCCGUGUCUCUCUUCGUCCGCCUCAUCCAUCUCUUCCCCCGGCAUUCUCCGCCAUGGCACUCCUCUCCACCACUCUCUCUGCCUCUGUCCCCUUCCUCCUCUUCCUCCUCCUCCCCCUUCCUUCGCCCUGCGCCCUGGAGUCUCUACGAGGAGGAGGAGGAGAGGAAGAGAACCGCUCCAUCUCCACCAUGUCCUAUCCCUCCAUGUCUCCGGAGUUCUGGAGCAACAGCAGCACGGGGCUGGGCAGCAGUUCAAAGUGCUCGCAGCCGGUGGUGUGCAGGCCGGGCACCCUGCUGCCCGUGUGGAAGCCCCUGAGCCCCGGGCUGGGCGACCAGGUAGCCAGGGCCGUGGUCUACUUCACCUGUCUCAUGUACAUGUUCCUGGGAGUGUCCAUCAUCGCAGACCGCUUCAUGGCCUCUAUCGAGGUCAUAACCUCACAGGAGAAGGAAGUGACCAUCACCAUGCCAGGUGGAGAGACGUCUGUUGCCACUGUACGUAUCUGGAACGAGACGGUGUCCAACCUGACUCUGAUGGCUCUAGGCUCCUCCGCCCCAGAGAUCCUGCUGUCGGUCAUAGAGGUGUGUGGGCACGGGUUUGAGGCGGGUGAGCUGGGCCCUGGCACCAUUGUGGGCAGCGCCGCCUUCAACAUGUUUGUGAUCAUCGCCAUCUGUGUGUGGGUCAUCCCUGAAGGAGAGACCAGGAAGAUCAAACACCUGCGUGUGUUCUUCAUCACAGCCUUCUGGAGUAUCUUCGCCUAUAUCUGGCUCUUCCUCAUCCUCUCUGUCAUCUCACCCGGAGUAGUGGAGGUGUGGGAGGCCCUGGUCACCCUGCUCUACUUCCCAGUGUGUGUGAUCCUGGCCUGGAUCGCCGACCGACGCCUUCUUUUCUACAAGUACAUGGCCAAGCGUUACCGCGCUGACAAGCACGGCAUCGUCGUGGAGACGGAGGGGGACACAACUCCGAAAGGCUUCGAGAUGAUUAUGGACGGAAAGUUCCCACCAAGGGGAGGGGCGGUGGGAAUGAUGCCCAGUGAGAACUGCCAGGAUGGGGCCAACAAUGCGGCGGGCACCGUGGCCUACCUGCCCCACUCCAACAGCACCAUGGUGACCGUAGAGAAUACCAAGGAGCUGGACGAGAGCCGCAAGGAGGUGAUCCGCAUCCUGAAGCAGCUGAAGCAGAAGUUUCCGGACAAGGAGCUGGAUCAGCUGGUAGAUCUAGCCAACUACUACGCCCUCCUCCAUCAACAGAAGAGCCGCGCCUUCUACCGCAUCCAGGCUACGCGCAUGAUGACCGGCGCCGGCAACGUGCUCAAGAGGCACGCCGCCGACCACUCUCGCCGCGCCGCCGCCGUGGACGAGGAAGUGGUCUGCGAGGACGAUGACCUGGCUGAGUGCAGCCGCCUGGCGUUCGAGAGCACCCACAGCCAGUGUAUGGAGAACUGCGGCGUACUGAGGUUGGCUGUGGUGUGUCAAGGGGGCCUGGGGGAGAGUACCUUCUACGUGGACUACCGGACCGAGGACGGCUCGGCCAACGCCGGGUCUGACUACGAGUACAGCGAGGGAACGCUGGUGUUCAAACCCGGAGAUACCCGCAAGGAGAUCAAGGUCGGCAUCAUCGAUGAUGACAUCUUCGAGGAGGACGAGCACUUUUUCGUGCGGCUGCUCAACUUGCGCAUCGGUGACGCCGAGGGGAUGUUCGAGAGUGAUGAGCCAGGUGCGAGACCCAAGGGUCGCCUGGUGGAGCCACUGGUCGCCACGGUGACCAUCCUGGACGACGACCAUGCUGGAUUCUUCACAUUCCGUAAUCGGCUGGUGCGCGUCAGCGAGAGUGUUGGCACCAUGGAGAUCUCAGUGGUGCGGAACUCGGGCGCCCGCGGCACGGUGAUCCUGCCCUAUCACACGGAGGAGGGCACGGCGAAGGGGGGCGGCGUGGACUACGAGGACACCCAGGGAGAGCUGGAGUUCUCCAACGACCAGACAACUCAGACCCUGCAGGUGAGGAUCAUUGACGAUGAGGAGUAUGAGAAAAAGGAGAACUUCUUCAUCGUACUAGAGGAACCACGCUGGCUGAAGAGGGGAAUCUCAGCCCUUCUGCUCAACCAAGAGGAUCCUGAUGGCCAGAUGAGUGCAGAGGAGGAGGAGGCGAGGCGCAUUGCAGAGAUGGGAAAGCCCAUCUUGGGGGAGCACAGCCGGCUGGAGGUGGUCAUUGAGGAGUCUUAUGAGUUCAAGAGCACCGUUGACAAGCUCAUUAAGAAGACCAACUUGGCCCUUGUGAUUGGCACUCACUCCUGGAGGGAGCAGUUCGUGGAAGCUGUGACUGUCAGCGCAGGGGAUGGUGAUGACGAUGACGAGGAGGGGCGUGAAGAGCGUCUGCCAUCCUGCUACGACUACGUCAUGCACUUUCUGACGGUGUUCUGGAAGGUUCUGUUCGCCUUCGUUCCGCCCACCGAGUACUGGAAUGGCUGGGCCUGCUUCUUCGUGUCCAUCUCGGUCAUCGGUAUCUUGACUGCCAUCAUCGGGGACCUGGCCUCCCACUUUGGCUGCACUGUGGGCCUCAGGGACACUGUCACUGCUGUGGUGUUUGUGGCUCUUGGCACCUCUAUUCCUGACACGUUUGCCAGCAAGGUGGCGGCCACGCAGGACCAGCACGCUGAUGCGUCGGUGGGCAACGUGACUGGCAGCAAUGCGGUCAACGUGUUCCUGGGCAUCGGGGUGGCGUGGUCAGUGGCGGCCGUCUACUGGAAGGUGCAGGGCAAGGAGUUCCGCGUGGACCCAGGCUCCCUGGCCUUCUCCGUCACCCUCUUCACCAGCUUCGCCUUCAUCUGCAUGGGCGUGCUGCUGUUCCGCCGGCGGCCCUCUAUCGGGGGGGAGCUGGGCGGGCCGCGGACAGCACGCAUCAUCACCAGCCUCCUCUUCCUGGGCCUCUGGUUCCUCUAUGUCCUCUUCUCCAGCCUGGAGGCCUACUGCCACAUAGAGGGCUUUUAGAGGACACAUGAGAGCAGAGACAGGGCUACUAGUCAAAACACUGAUAUUCAUUAUAGUUAUUAUAAUACACACAUCUACAACAGGACAGGGCCCAGGCCAAAGGUUGGGACCUGGUCAUUAUCACUGGAUCGCUAAUACCUAAGGGAUCUGUAAACAUACCCGAUAUACACAUACACACACACUUACAUACAGACACAUACACACACAUACUGAAACAUGAACUGUACAUAUAACUACAUGCAUGCACAAACAAAUGCACACGUGGUCUCUCACCAAGACCAACACACACAUACAGCACUGUAACAAGGGCACCACACAGGUUACGUGUGGCCUGGAUCCUGGAUGACACCCAGUUAACAUCAACCUCCUAUUGCACACUCAAGGGUUAUACACACUCACUGGACAAACGAGGAAGAGAAGGAGAGAAAAGAAAGUAUUGGUCAAGGAAGUGACAAAGGAAGUAAGACUGGAGAGAUUUCAAAGGAAGCAUGUUCAGAAUGUAAACCAGCAUGUCGUAAAAGAGGGAGAGUGAAGGAGAGAAAGAGACAGGUGUGUAGAAACUAAGUGUUGCAGUGGCAUUCUAUUCAUUCCGGCUGACUGCGUAACAUGGUUUUGGGUCCAGACUGCUUUGAUUGAAGCAGGGUAGAGUGCCGUGUGUUUUGCAGGGUGGGCCGUAGCUCCAUCAUCGUUGCAGGGAAGGCGAACCAGACUCGAUCCACUCGACUCAAUCCAUGUCUGUGUGGCCUUAAAGCAGUAUCAAGUAUGACUUGAGUAAAAGUAAAAGUCACCCAGUAAAAUACUACUUGUUCUAAAAGUAUCUGCUUUUAAAUGUACUUAAUGUACAGUGGUGCAAAAUGUACUCAAUUGUCAGACUUGAGUAAAAAUAAAAAGUGAAAGUAAAUGCUAGACAUCAAAUUCCGUAUAUUAAGCAAACCAGACCGCACAAUUUUCUUUUUAUUUAUUUUUAUUUUCGGACAGCCAGGGGCACACUCCAAAACUCCGACUUCGUUUAAAAAACGUAGUAUUUGUGUUUAGUGAGUCCGCCAGAUCAGAGCGAGUAGAGAUGAUAAUGUGUUAUAUUGAUAGGUGCGUGAAUUGGACCAUAUUACUGUCCUGCUUUUGGGUGUCAGGGAAAAUGUAUGGGAGUAAAAAGUAAAAAAAAAAAAUUGGAAUGUUGUGGAGUACAAGUAAAAGUUGUCAAAAAAUAGUCAUGUACAGAUACCCCGAAAACUAGUAGUACUUCAAAGUAUUUUUACAAAGUUACUUUACACCACUGCGUAGUAGUGGAAUGGGUCCAUCUUCAGUCGCUAUGACAGAGCACCAUGAAAAUGGUUGAUUAAUGAGUAGGAUGUUUACAUUUAGCAAUGGGAGAUAAAACAACAACAACAACAAAACUGAAAGCCCCAAGUUGCAGUUACUGUAUGGUUUCCCAUACAGAGGAAGUGGGUAUUACGAAUGACAUUAAAACAAGCUCUCAAUUCUGUGUUGGUGUAAAUACAAUAGGAGUGUAUAUGUAUUUGUUAGAGGGGCUUCUCUACAGAUAUGGUGGGAUGGGGUGGCCAAUAAUAUAUAUAAUGCAUGGGGUUCAGAAACUAGUCACCACUGUCUUACUACACAGGAAAAUGACUUUUGCAGGUAGCUUGUGUAAAUUAUGGCUCCGAGAUGAGGUAUCAUCCUUUCUCAUAACCACAAUCCCCAUCCAUCGAACUUUAACAUAGAGUCGAUCCAGAGGGAUUAAAUAUAAAUGUGCCUCCUCAUCUGUGGACUUCUGAAUGAAGGGAAGACGGAGUUUCUGGAGGCACGACUCUGAAUAACGAAAGUCUCACACCCAGCUCUUGAGGCUCUUACUGUUGUGUCUCACUGGACUUCAGAUCAUAGAUCUGCAUUCCACUCCAGCAGACAGUAGAGUCCUCCAUCACCAUCAUGUUUGAGACGUUGUACAUUUUGAAUGACCUUUCGCAACCACAAUGAGAGUGAAAUGAUGAUUUAGCAAUGCAGGCACGUUGAUGGUGUAAAUAUUAUUUUAUGUUACUGUCCAAGGGUGAGUUACUAUCCACUGAAGCACAGCACAAAGCGACACAAUCUCCUAGAAUGUAGAAUGCUACGACAAGAGUGUAUCGCUCGCUAUCUGACGUAUACUUUUCAAAAACAAUCCUUUACCUGAAUACAGGUAUAAAGUCAAACCUUUACAUCUAUAUACUGUAUCCCUUUGGCUCCACGCUUGCUCAGUGGACAGUAACUAUUCAUCGUUCUUUGGUGGAUGAAAAGGUAAAAGCAGAGAGGGGUGGAGAGGUUGAGGGUAGCAUUUGUUUGGUCCAAAAGUUAUCCUAUGUGAGGACAUUGGCCACCUGUGUAGGACUUCAGGACCACCGAGUUCUGUACCGUGAUGUUUAUAUUGUUGUUCAUUCAAUCGAAAUCUGUCAAUAUUUGUGAAAAAAAACAAAAACACGUUGUUUGUUUGUGAUACUUGUGAUACUAUAGCGGAGCACCUUUUUAGGUAUGGAGGGCUUGUAAACCCUCUGCGGUGGAAUACUGGGUAGAGAUGCAUGACAUGACAGAAUAAUGGUGACAGCACAGCACCGGCAUGGACAAAAAAAUUAUAAUGCAUGGGUGGUGACAAGAGAAUAGUGUUUGUGUCUUUUUAUGUGAGAAAGCAGAAGGUCCAGGCUGCAGCCAGACCUGUGAAGAGCAUGCAGACUGCCUCUGCUCCUCACCUGUUUACAGUAAAGGCUGCCCUGAGAUCAGCUCAACCCAACCCCAGCUAAUUGGCCCCAUAUACAGCAACACUGGCCCACCAUCAGCACUUAAGACCAUGGCGUAUAAAUGAUCUUAUUUUGGAGUGAGGCUUACAGUACAUCAAUUUGUCCAACAGUUUUGGUUCAAAUGCUCCUAUUCUUCUGGGGUUUUUUUAACCUUUUGAAAUCCAAACCUCCCCGUUUGCUUGACAGAUUACAUUUCAAACGGUGCGUUCUCAUCAGCUACAGACUGUUAUUCAGUAACUACUGAUCGUCGCUACUGUAAUUCUGCAUCAUACCCAUUUAAUGCCUUAAAGUCUAGUACUUACUAUUUAGUCAAAUUUGACUUGUCUUGUGUGUGCUUUGAGUGGGCAUCAGAAACCUAAUUGAUUAGUGUGCAAUAUGUGGAACCAGUCAGCAAUCUCUACUACUGAGUUAAGAAGAGUAGCAAGAGCUAAUAUGACUACAUACAAACUGAAAUGACAUCUUCUUGAAAGAUCAACUUAGCGAUACUGUAUUUACUCUGGAUCUGACUCUACCAUAUAAUAUAUUGUUACCCCUGCCCCAAUCUCAAUGAGAUGAAAGUGCAAUUAAUAAGAUAGUGGGAGAUGGGGAGGGGUAGUGAACUGUUACAAGACUGUCCAUGGUCCUUACAUGUGGUUCAAUCACCUGACUUACUGAGUCGCUAAGAAAACAUGUUGAAUAACAGAAGAGAACAAGGCUGACACAAAAUGGAGGUGGGUUUAUCUCAGUAUUGCCAGGUGUUCUGAGGUGGAUAUGGAGAAAAUAGGACACCGCAGUGAGACUCUUGAGUUAAUAUGCUGCACAAUACUAGAGACGGAUGUUAUAUCGUAUGGGAGUUUUCCCCACUUAUUUUAGAGUUCAGGAUACUUGGAACUCUAGUUGAACUGUAGAGUGGUCAAUCAGUACAACCAGUGAGUGAUUAACAUUUAAAUAUUACAAUAGCAAACAAUGGAUUAAAAAGGUAAUGACAUUUUGGAAGUUAAGUGAGUAAAACAAAUUGACCCCCUCAAAACUAUAGAUUUAUUGAUUCAAAUAGUAAAGGAUCUCUUGAGAAUAGUCAUGUAUAAAUAUGCCCAUUGUUGCUUGUAUAACAUAUAUAAUAUCAACAAAGAUUUCAGUUACCUUGGCCCUCAGUGUUCCCCCAGUCUUUGUCAAUUUUUUUAAAUAAACGUCUCUUCAGAUUAUGUUGAUAAUGCUGGAAGCACCAUAGAUGUAGACCCAACGGUCUAGGAGGGUAAUAAAGAGACAUUUUGAUACUUCUCUAAUUGUCCAAUUUGAAGACAAAUUUCCCCAUGAACUAGUCAUUUGAUGUAGCACAAACUACAUGUACAUUUCUGUUGCCCAGAUUAUUUAAUUUAUUUAUAUUUAUUAAGAAUAUUUUAUUGUUCAACGGCUCCUUGAAGCAAACCAUUUGAACCGUUCCAAUGCUUCAAAGAGAGUGGGAGCAAUGUGCAAUAUAAAGCUGACUCUUCUUUGCUUUCAUCUUAAUGAGCAGUCAACUGGGCUCACUCGGUGGGGAGUGAAACACUUAUUUUCUCCAGUGUUUGUUGCGCCCUCGGCCAACCGACAUACAGAUUUAUUUCAUUCACUUGAGAUUAGCAUGUUUACAUACAAAUUUGUAAUGGACAUUCCAAUGAACCUUGUCAGUUUGUUCAGGGUUGCUAUACAUAGGAUGACAUUUUACAGGGCCUUUACUGUGGUCAUUGGGUUGGUUAUGACAUACUUUUUCCUGAAUUGAACUGUCUACAAUGUUCAGUGUUUCGAUGACUUCUAUUUACCUAUCUGGCCUUUGCCAUUGCUGUAGAUGAGAUAUCACUCCAAGAUGUUUUAUGUGCUGUAAAUGCCAUCCUAUGUGCAAAUGCAUGAACAUUGUGUGUUAGCAUGGUCUGUUAAGGACAUGUAGGUUUACAUUUGGAUCGGGUUAUCCCAAAACAGUUUUUGGCCUGUGUGGCUGCUUGCGUGGUCUGCUCACGCUUGCAACAAACUGAGCAAUGUCGACUUGGUCGAGCAGCAGGUGAAUUGUCAUUCUUUGAUUACGUGUUAACAGUCUACUUACUUAUUCACCACCUAUAAAAGCUGUGAAAAGAAAGCGACUUUUCCCGUCUAUGUCUGAAUGUCUCUGAUCAUUUGGUUGUCAGUUUGUUGGAGUUUGAUAUUUCUGUGUCUGUGUUCGUGCCCCUCAACUUUCUGUAUUGGGGUGAACCACCCCAGGUCUUGCUCUUCAAUGUGUCCUUGGUGCAGUUUUAUCUGUGAACCUUUCUCUCUGCCUGACAUUUGUAUGGAAUAGUGACUGACUUAAAAGAAGAUAUGUGAUAUUUACAUUUAUUCAAUACUGUAAUAAAUUAUUUGAAAAUUAUAUUACUUUUUUUUAUGAAAGGAUAAACAAAGGAAAAGAACAAUGAAACUUGUUUUGGAGAACCAAUGGCAUGAGGUGUAAUGUGUUCUGAAAAAACAACUAUGUAAUCAACUCAAGUUAACCUUAUUGAAUAUAGUUUAUUUAUUUUCAACG